AUGUGUAUGAAAAAUGUUGUUUUGGGGUUUCCAUUCUCCCAACGAAGUCCCAAGGAAGACGUUCCCAAGAAAGACGUUCCCAAGAAAGACGUUCCCAAGGAAGACGUUCCCAAGGAAGACGUUCCCAAGGAAGACGUUCCCAAGGAAGACGUUCCCAAGGAAGACGUUCCCAAGGAAGACGUUACCAAGGAAGACGUUACCAAGGAAGACGUUACCAAGGAAGACGUUCCCAAGGAAGACGUUCCCAAGGAAGACGUUCCCAAGGAAGACGUUACCAAGGACUACGUUCCCAAGGAAGACGUUCCCAAGGAAGACGUUCCCAAGGAAGACGUUACCAAGGAAGACGUUACCAAGGAAGACGUUCCCAAGGAAGACGUUCCCAAAGAAGACGUUCCCAAGGAAGACGUUCCCAAAGAAGACGUUCCCAAGGAAGACGUUCCCAAGGAAGACGUUACCAAGGAAGACGUUACCAAGGAAGACGUUCCCAAGGAAGACGUUCCCAAAGAAGACGUUACCAAGGAAGACGUUACCAAGGAAGACGUUACCAAGGAAGACGUUCCCAAGGAAGACGUUCCCAAGGAAGACGUUCCCAAGGAAGACGUUACCAAGGACUACGUUCCCAAGGAAGACGUUCCCAAGGAAGACGUUCCCAAGGAAGACGUUACCAAGGAAGACGUUACCAAGGAAGACGUUCCCAAGGAAGACGUUCCCAAAGAAGACGUUCCCAAGGAAGACGUUCCCAAGGAAGACGUUACCAAGGAAGACGUUACCAAGGAAGACGUUCCCAAGGAAGACGUUCCCAAAGAAGACGUUCCCAAGGAAGACGUUCCCAAGGAAGACAUGUGA